UAAAUUAAAGAAAAAGACACCCGGCCCAUAUGUCCAUUCUCUUCUCCUCCCUCUUCCCUCCUCCUUUUUGAAAUCAUCAUUGUCCAGUCAUCAGUACUGAGUUUAUUCAGAAACUGUCCAUCGACAGAACUCAUCAUGUCAUCUCAAGAGGAAAGCGCUAGUUCUCUCAAUAAGCCCACCCGUCAUUUCCCUGUACCAGUAACCAGUAAAGACGUGACUACCCCUGAUGAAGAGACUCGUUCCCUACAACCCCCGACUACCCGAGAACAGCCUCAGGCAGUCCACGAGUCCACUCCUCACAAGCCUCCUCCAACAGCUAAAGUUGCUCCACUGGUGGGUGGUUCUUCUUCAGCAGCCAUUAUCACUUCUCAACGAUCGACCACACCUCAUGAGGGUACCUCUGUAGUUGGCACUCCUCGUAGAAAAGGGAACAAAUUAGAUGUUUUAAGUUCUAGUUUUUCUUGCGUCUCACUCUCGCCUACGAGAACGGGAGGUGGUAGCGAAAGAUCUUCACCAGUAAAGGAACUUCUUCAUGCGGAUCGAAUGAGAAAUUUAAUGUCGCUGUUGACAGAAAAGAGUCAAAUAAUAGAAAAACAGAAGAACACCAUAACUAGACUACAACAAGAUUGUAAGAAGAAAGACUCCCAGUUACGUUUACUCACUCUACCACAAGCAAAUGAAGGUAAUGUUGGAGGAGAGGCAAAUGUCGGCCUGUCUGCUCCAGUUAAACUUGAUAUACUGUCCCGGAAAUUAGAUGAAGCUUAUUACGAAUUGGAGAAAGCCAAAUCAGAGAGUGAUGUAAUGAGAGACAAAAUAUCAGAUAAAGACUCACAUAUCAGUCAGUUGGAGACAGACGCUGACAGAUAUAAAGCAAAAAUUAAAUUGCUAGAAGAUAAGAUAGUGAAGUUGGAGGGUUAUUUGGGGAAUACACCAACAAUGGAAGAGCACUAUAGCAUGAAGGAGCAAGUGACCGAGCUUCAUUCACAGAAUAUUCUAUUGAGCGAGAGACUGAGGGAAAAAGAGGACAAAAUUAUGGCACAAAUUGAUGAACUAAGAGAUAAGGAAACAAUGUUAAGAGAAAUGUCUAUAAAUAUUCGCGAUCUAAAGCAAGAUAAUAGUGACCUGAGACUGCAAUGUGAGACAAGUGAUAGGAGACUAGUUGAAUUGCACUCUGAUAUCUCACAAUAUAAAAUCGAACUAAUGAAAAGCAAGCAGCAAAUCACUGAAUUAGAGGAAAAGAAUAGACAGGAUUUGCGUGACAUGAGAGAAAGACAUAAACUAAGAUUCCAGGAAGCUACUGCAAAACUAAAGGAACAAUACAAGACAGUCACCAAAAGGAACAGACAGUUAGAAUUACAACUCCUCAAGAACUCGGAUGUAAUGACAGCUCUUAACAAUGAAUUAAAAUUAAGUCAAGGAACUGUAGCAGAUCUAAAGUCAUCCUUUGGAGAUCUUGUAAAACAGAAUCAAAUUUUAAUGGAGAAAAAUUAUGGCCUUCAAGAGCCACCAGAGGUUGGUAGGAGUGGCAUUGUCAGCGUGAGCCCAGUAAGUGAUGGAAGCGACGAAUCACUGCAAGCACUUAGUCAAGAGGUAUCACAGUGUGUUGAAGAGGUAGAUUCAUUAGUUAGUUUAGCUUCAUCAAUAUUUGAAGGAAAAGAACCAGAUAUGUCACUAUUGCUAGGAGGUGGUGCUACUGGUAAUGGUGAUCAUAAAACUGAUUCUGAGUUGGAUCCAGCAAGAAAGUAUGAGCAACAAUUAACUCAAGUACAGAAGAACCGGAAAGAGAUAGAGCGACUGAGAGAGAAAGUCACCGAUCAUUUUGCGAGUAAAGUCGCCAAUGAGUGUCAUCUCCAGUAGACUCACAAUUACUACAUAUAAUCAAUGAAUUUUUAAAGCAUUAUGAUAAAUUAUUAUAAAUGCUACAAUCACUCAAUAUAAACAAUGAUUAUUGUAACACAUGUAGCACAUCAUCAUACUAAGAAAAUCAAGUUUAAUAUAAA